AAGUUCACACUAUCCCAUAUCUUUCACCACAAGCUUUCUUCAAAAAUCUCUCAAAUUUUGCCCAUCACCCAUUUUUUUGCCUUCUUUUGCAAACGACACAAAACACAAUGGCGAGCUAGGCAAAUACACAUUGGGAGGCCCCUUGAGUCUUUUGAUUUAGAGGGCGUCUCGAGAGAUAGGGUGGCCUGGUGACGACGAUUAUCGGAAGUGUUAGAGUUAUGGAUGUACCGAUCAUGCAUGCUAGUGACCGGUACGAGCUGGUUCGAGAUAUCGGCUCUGGCAAUUUUGGAGUGGCUAGGUUGAUGAGAGACAAACAUACUGAUGAACUUGUUGCUGUUAAGUACAUUGAGAGAGGUGACAAGAUAGAUGAAAACGUUCAGAGGGAAAUAAUAAAUCACAGGUCUCUGAAGCACCCAAACAUUGUCAAGUUUAAAGAGGUUGUUUUAACACCAACCCAUCUAGCCAUCGUGAUGGAAUAUGCCUCCGGUGGAGAGUUGUUUGAGCGGAUAUGUAACGCCGGCCGCUUCAGUGAAGAUGAGGCACGAUUCUUCUUCCAACAGCUGAUAUCAGGAGUAAGCUACUGCCAUGCAAUGCAAGUUUGCCAUCGAGAUUUGAAGUUGGAAAACACUCUCUUGGAUGGAAGUCCUGCCCCACGUCUGAAGAUAUGUGACUUCGGCUAUUCUAAGUCUUCAGUGUUGCAUUCUCAACCAAAAUCAACGGUGGGAACGCCAGCUUACAUAGCUCCUGAAGUCUUACUCAAGAAAGAAUACGACGGAAAGAUUGCAGAUGUAUGGUCUUGUGGAGUAACAUUGUAUGUAAUGUUGGUUGGAGCAUACCCUUUCGAGGAUCCUGACGAUCCUAAAAAUUUUCGUAAAACAAUUCAGAGAAUUUUGAAUGUUCAAUACUCCAUUCCGGAUUAUGUUCAUAUAUCCCCUGACUGUUGCCAUCUCAUGUCUAGAAUUUUUGUUGCCGAUCCUGCCAAGAGGAUAUCAAUACCGGAGAUAAAAAAGCAGGAAUGGUUUACAAAGAACCUACCGAGUGAAUUGGAAGAAGAUCAGAUGAUCAAUAGUCAUAAUUUAGUAGGGGAGGAGACAGCCGAUCAACAGCCGCAAAGCAUUGAAGAAAUCAUGCAGAUCAUCGAGGAAGCGGCGGUGGUAGAAGCUAGAGCGCAGAGUCCUAACGAGCAAUAUCUAACAGGAUGUUUGGACAUCGAAGAGGACAUGGAGGAGGAUUUGGAGACGGAUGCCGAAUUGGACUUGGAAAGCAGCGGUGAGAUUGUUUAUGCAAUCAUGUAGAAGCUCUGUUUUUAUAAUGAGCAUUGGGAAUAACUAUACUUUCAAAUUUUCUUAUAUUUCAUGUCGUUUUUAUUUUUAUGUUGAAUUGUAAUGGUGAAGUUUGAUUGUGUGUUUGUAUUAUUGAAAUCUCUUGUUUGUCGUAA